CUUUCGCCCUGAUUGCUAUUGGAUGGUUGUGGUGAAGCAUAUAUUGUGAUGGAACGCUUAAUAUCUUUAUUGUGGAAAUUAUUGGAGAGAAGAGCAGAGGUAAUGUGUUUUAAUUCUGGGUUCAGUGACUCUGGCUGAGAUAGUUUUACGGCUCUGUCAACAAGAGAGUUGGGCUGGAUGGUGAUGUGACAAUGCAUUAAGAUAUAGGUUUGUGUGCAUAAGUUUUCUGUAAACACAAUGACAUAAUGUUAGGUCUGAUUUUCUAGUGAUAAAAAUAUCUAAGAAUGGGAGGUUAUUAUUAGUUUUUAAUUCACUGGUAAAACCUAUGUUGGGGUGUAUAGACAUUUAAACUUGCCACUGUUGUCCUUCCUUACAUUCAAAACAUCACUGACAACAUACCAAAAGUCCUAAAGAAAUACAGCGUCGAAACCAGAUUUACCACUUGUCCCAAAAUCUCUCAACAUCUUCGUUCCGUCAUAUCCAAAAUUCCGUUUGUGAUGAGUUUACAGCAUUCUAUGCAUACAUGUGAUAAAAAAUACAUUAGAGAGACGGGACGAAAAAUAUCAACUAGGCUCCAAGAACAUGAAAGAGCCUUAAGACUAAGACAAAUAAACCCACCGGUAGUUGCCGAACACACUCACGAAAGCGAUCAUAAAAUUCUAUUCGACAAAAUUAAAAUUCUGGCAUGGAAUUCUUCUACUAACGAGAAAUCCGCGAGUCUAUAGAAAUCUAUGAGCAACCUAACAAUCUUAACAGCGACUCAAUGUUUUACCUGUCACCAAUAUGGGAAUCAGUCAUCCAAGACGGUGCUUAAGCCGCUCAUUUGGCUCCGCCCCAUUCAAACAAUAUAUUAGCGGAUACAGUUAAGCUCUGAAGAAGUCAACGGGAUAGUUGGCGAAACGUCAGCAAGUUUGUUUCACCUAAAACCGACGCAGGAGGAAUCCAGAAGUUAAGUAAUUAAUAUAUAACUACAAAAAUAAUAAAAUAUACCUUAAUAUAAACUGUGUAUUAAUAAGUCUUUACUUCUGAUUGUAGAUCGAUCAAGCAGUUCCCCUAACCAAUUACCGACAGCACCGCAGAUAUUGCCUCAAAAUUAUUAUGGCAGGAUUUUUGACCACUUUACCCAUCAUUUUCUUCAACAUGGCGGUAAUAAGCACAAUAGACCCUCGCUCCGUGUUUAAGUCUAUCGCCUUCGACGUAUUAAAUUUAAUCUUUUUGUGCCACGGCUAUUUGCUGAUGCAUCUGGUGUUUCUUAUACGAAUCAGGCUGAUGGCGCUUAACGCAAGUCUGCUGGUCGAAACGGAAAGGUUGAAAUCUAUUUCGGAAAUGGUUUGGGUUGUGCCGAAUAGAAGCGAUAAAUCUGCAGUCGAUAAUAUUCUGAAGCUGCUGGGGUCUUACCGGCUGAUUCAGAAGCUGGCUCUCACUUACAAUAACAGAUAUUCAGUGGAUAUGCUGCUAAUCGUGAUGACCAGUGUGGUGUACUUAGUGUUGAUUCCUACCAGGUUUCCGGAGCCAAACAAAAUUUUAACAAUCAGCCGCAGUAUCUUAGAAUUUCUGGUUCAUAUGGGUAGACUGUUGAUGAUAGCUGAGUCGUGUUAUCGUUGUAGCAGAGAAGUAAUGCUGGUUGGUUGCUUAAAAAGGUGAAACACAUUUAUUCUUCUAAGCACAGAAGACUAAAACUAUCGCACUGGACUUUGGAUGUCGACGGCUCUACUAGAGAAGCGGUAAAUUGUUGGGGACAUUAUUGGAUGUCGGUGAUAUAUUAGGUUAAUUUUCAGUUUUUGGACUUUAGUAAGAAGAUACCCACAUACGAAAUAAUAUUUUCAGUUUGCGGACUAUUUGUACUGAACCGUAAGCGAAUCUAUAAGCGACUCUGAUGCGAUGCAGAACUGAAACCGCAGAUGAUUGAUUCAGGUGUUUAUGGAAUUGGUUUUAAAAUGGCAGCGCUAAUUGCUACGCAACUCAUUUGUUUGCUCAACAACAACGUUUGCAUUUCACCUCGUUUUAGUAGUAAAACGAAAUCUUCAAAAAGUGUAUUCUCCUAGCUUAGUUCACUGUGGUUUAUUAAAGCUAAUUAAAAUAAAUACAUGUCUCUGACAUUCUAUGGUAACACGAAUAAUCCUUUUAUAUUCAUAUGUGAUCGUACUUUCACUGCCAACCGAAUGUGGCAAAAUGGGGAUCUGCAAAGAAAAUUUGUAAAGAUGCAAGAAGAAUUGUGGAAACUGACACACAAGAAUUGUCAAAUUGCAACAGGUGAAAAAGGACUACAGAGGAGUUGUUAAUAUUAACGUCAACUAACCAAAGCUAUUUUUAUCGUUUUUUGUU